CUUUGACACUCGGCCAGUUCUUUUACACAAGCUCUUAGUUAGAGUGGGUAUGCCACCCUCUUCCCAUCUAGAGAUCAGUGAAGCAUCCCUAGUACCAACACACUCUGAAUCUCCAAAUCUGAGGCUUUGGAACAGAGGAACCAGGGUCAUUGUUCCAUACUUCAGCCGUGCUGAGGCGGAGAUAAAGCUCCUGAAAGAGUUUAAGCCACCUGCCAUGAACCCUCAGUAUUACCAGCUUCAGGACUGUGUUCCCAUUAAUCAUCGCAACUACAAGGAGAGAAUGCACAGUUUCUUAUACCAAGAGGAACAAGCUGAGGAGGAAAUUGUUUGCAGACUCAAUCUUCAAGGAACCAUUACAUUGUCCAAUACAUUGAACGACAUACGCUUUGGGCUGAAAAUAGCUUGCGAUGGAGAGCUCUUUGGCACCCUUCCAGUCUGCCAUGCACUUACCCCCGACACCCCAGAGGGGUUCAUGCUGAGACGAGGGGUGGAGUCCGUCCUCGUGGGCGAGGUCACUGCAAAUGAUCAAGGCCAAAGAGUCUACGAGGCAGUCAUCCUCAAAGACACAGCCAAUGUAAAGGAGAUACACCUGAGGCUGUCAAGAGAGUGCUGUUCAGACUUGGGCCUUCAAAAGAAUCAGACACGCGAGAUGGAGGUCCAGUUCCAGCUGAACCGUCUCUGGUUCUGCGAGAUGCACAAGGCCAUUGAUCUCCUUCCAGACCUUCAAUAUGUGCUGCCAGACUUUAGUAAGACAUGCGUUCCUGCACAUCCAACCAAAUACCCCUUGCUCAAUGGAAAGCAACAGGCAGCCAUGAGCUUCAUUCUUGGAGACCCUGAUGGCAGAAACAGUGUCGCCCCACUGCUGAUAUAUGGGCCCUUUGGCACUGGGAAAACAUUUACUCUUGCAGAAGCUACAGUGGAACUAAUGAAAGAGGAGAAUAACAGAGUCUUAAUCUGCACACACACAAACAGUUCUGCUGAUCUGUAUGUGAAGGAUCAUUUUCAUAAACACAUUAAUGCCGGAAAUCUAAAAACAAAACCUCUGCGAAUAAAAGCCAAGGAAGUAUCUCCACUAAGCACUGAUCUCAUCACAAGGGCCUACUGCCUUCUAACGGAAGAUGGCCAUUUCAAAUUCCCUGACAAAGACACAGUGAACUUGACAAGGAUUGUCAUAACAACCACUGGAGUGGCUCGGCUUCUCCAUGACCUGAAGCUCCCCAAAGACUACUUCAGCCACAUCAUGAUUGACGAGGCUUCUCAGAUGCUGGAGUGUGAAGCCCUGAUGGCUCUUGGCCUGGCAGGCCCCAAGACUCGAAUCGUUUUGGCUGGAGAUCACAUGCAGAUGGGACCCAAGCUCUUCUCUGUGGAGGAUGACAAGCGCUCAGACCACACGCUGCUCAAUCGCCUCUUCUACUACUACCAGUCCGAAAAGAAAAAUGUUGCCUUGGAGAGCAGAAUCAUUUUCAAUGAAAACUACCGAUCUACCAAGGGGAUUGUAGACUUUGUGUCUACUUACUUCUACUUUGACAAAUGUCAAAAGAAACAACAAACAACAAAUGGCAUCAAGGCCAGUGGAAAUGUUGCUGCGCACCCUACACUGCACCCGCUAAUGUUCAGUCAUGUCCGUGGGGAAUGCCAUCUAGACACAACAACCAUGUCGUGGUACAACCCUGAGCAAAUAGCAGAUGUUGUUCAGAUUGUUCAAGAUCUUCUGUGCAACUGGCCGGUAGAGUGGAACCAACCAGAUCCUUCAACUAUCUGUAUUCUCUCACAGGGCACCCAGGUUUACCACCUCAGGACAAUAUUAAAACAAGUACAUUUGAACUGGGUCACAGUGGAGAAUGCUGAAAAUGUUCAAGGCAAACAAUUCAGAGUGAUCAUAAUCGUCACAGUGCAUACAAGAGACACCUUAAAGCCACUGGCUUCCAGCUGCCUGGAGUUCUUCAAUGAUGCCCGUGUUCUUAACACAGCCAUGACCAGAGCACAGUCUCAGGUGAUAGUGGUGGGAGACGCUGCUGCGCUCUGCUUCUUUGGGAAAUGUGCCAAAACAUGGAGAUGCUACAUAGAGCACUGCAUUGAAAAUGGCAGUGCUAUGCCUGAGCAUCUGAACAAGGAUUUUCUAAAUCAAGAGGUGAUGGAGAUCUCCAGAUUUGUACCAACACAGGAAGAGGAUACCAGUGAUACCGAUUCAACAACAUCAGAGAUAUCUGACAUUGACCCAAUUCUGCAAGAGCUGCUUGAUGAGAGCAAUGAUUUGAAAGUUAACGUAACAGAGGAAGGCUUGUUGCAUAUUUUCAAAAAUGACCACCCUGACAAGACAGCUGAUGACAAUGAAGAGAAUCAACAUGGGGACCAAAGUGAUUCUACAUUCUUCCAAUGGAAUGGAGAAGAAAAUGGGUUUCCAAGCAAUCCAGAUGCAAAUGUUAUACUCAAACGCUGCAUAAUUGUGAUGGAAAGAUAUGACUCAGCACAUGCUAUACCACUCGAUGAACCAACUACAAGGAUUAACAUUAAUGGGAGGGAAAAUGUCCGCUGCUGUUUUCCUGGUGAUGAGGUGUUUGUUGAAGUGUUAAGUGAAGAAAGUACACCACCCAAUGGAAGAGUGCACAGAAGAGUUGGGACAACCUCUCUAUUCGACAAACAGUUUGUGUGCACCAUUGAAAAAACUGACCACCAAGUGAUGACCCCGAUAAAUAAGUGCAUAUCAAAAUUGUACACUCCAUUUUGGAAGGAUAAGCCUCAUCAUAUUGCUGUGCGAAAAGGACUAGAUGAUUUUAGACCAGAGGAAUUUGUGAAGAUUAAUGAGGAAUCUAAGAGAAAUCUUCUUUUUGUUGUCCAAGUAUUGAAGUGGGGAGAGAAUUUCCGCUAUCCCCUAGGUAUUGUUGUGAAAGUCCUUCCAAAAGUGACAUCUUUGGAAGCUGGUCUGCAGGUAUUAAGCAUAGAAAAUCAACUCUCAAAGAGUCCUUCACUCCGUGACCAAGAAAUGAUCAGGCUUCAGGAAUGCUCAAAAGAUUUCCGCGGACGGAAAGAUUUCCGCAGCAUCAUAACAUUCACAAUAGAUCCUUCACACUCUCGAGACCACGAUGAUGCAAUCAGUGUAAGAGAUCUUGGCCCAGAUUAUGAAAUAGGGGUUCAUAUAGCUGAUGUUGCACACUUUGUGCCCAAGGGAAGUGGACUGGAUGAAUAUGCUAAGAAGCAAGGACUUGUUUUUUACCCACCUGAAAGGAACCCAUCUGAAACUGCACCUGUGUACAUAUUCCCGAGAGAGCUCAGUGAAGAUAUGUUCAGUCUUCUUCCUGAUCAUGAUCGACACACCAUUUCGCUUAUGGUGGUCAUUGAUAAGAAAACGCACCGCAUAAAAUCAGCCGAUUUUCACCUCUCCGUCAUUCGCUCUGACAGAAAAUUAUCCUACGAUGAAGCAGAGGACAUCCUUAAAAAUUCCAGGACCAAGGAUUCAAGUGGUGAGCCAUGCUUUAACACAGUGGAAGGCUGCCUACUGAUGGCAUCCCACUUUUCAGAAGUUCACAGGAAGGACAGGAAGCAGGACGACUGGUGCUACAAGUCACCGGAUGAAGACACAAUCAUUGGCAACCGUCAAUCCCACAGGGUGGUGGAGGAGCUGAUGAUCCUGUUUAAUCACAGUGUUGCCCAGCUGCUACUCAACAUCGAGAAGACAAAGAGCUGUGUGCCACUGAGAUGUCAAGAAAGGCCAGACAUGACCGGCCUGGGGAAGCUCCGAGAGUGCUGCAGUCCAUGGCUCCCUCUGUCCAUUCAUCUGUCUCACCUUAUGGAGGAUGAAGGCGGUCUCAUGAGUCUUCCAGAGGCUAGCAGAAGCUUGUGCAACUCUGGAGGCGGUGCACGUCAGCAAUGUGAUGCAGACAGCACAGCGUUUCUUAGGUAUGCUAGUUUGGAACCUGACACCUUUUCAAUACUGACAUCGCUUCUUGAGAAUCUUCAAACGGCAGCCAGAGAAGGAGACAUCCAGAGAAUAGUUGAUCUCAUCACAACUGAUGACGUACACCCACAAUUGCUGCCCAUCAUCCGUGCGUUGGGAAAGCACAUUCGCAGAGCCUAUGUUAUCCGCUCCAACUCAACUCUCACCUCUAGAGUCGGGCACUUUGAUCUUGAUCUAGACUGCUACAUCUGGGCCUCUUCCCCAAUUCGCCGUUAUGUGGAUAUCAUUACCCACAGGAUUCUCCACUCUGUUCUAGAAAGCAAAGAAAUGACAUAUUCACCCAUUGAAAUUGAUCAGUCCUGUGUCAGCUUUUCUCUACAGUAUGACAAGGAGUCCAAGUAUAAGAGGACAUCCAACAGCCUAAAUUUUGCUUCUGAGUUAAAUGAACAAAGUGCAAGGAAGAUUGCUUACAUCAUUGAUAUCUCACCAAACAGCAACAGUUUUCGACUGUCAUUUCCACUGCAACGAAAGUCAAUGUGUGAGGAUGUGGCUAUCAUGUACCGGUACCUUCAGCUAGCAGAUCAACCAGUGUUUGAUAGAGAGCGAAAUUGUCAUGUCAUUAAAUGGAUUCGAAGGGUGUACUCACUGGUGCGGGAUGACAUCCACUCUGAGCUGGAAAGACAAGUUCCCAAUUCUUUAAUCACACACGUGCCGAAAGAGGCAUGGGCACGUUUGUUGUCCACCAUUAGGGAGGAAAAGUGGGAGGAUAUGCUGCAACAUCUUCAGGACGUCACCUCAGAAGUAUGGCAGGGGGGCACUUUCAGUUCCACAGAGUCAUGUGAAGACACAGUAAUGUCCAGAAAAGCAGAUUUCAUGAAAGGACAUUUUGUUGAGUUGUCACUGCAGCUCAAGCAAGGUGACACCAUCGAGGUACAACUGGGAACAGACACAGUUAGGGGACUGCUAGUUCCAGCUGUCCAGCUCCUGAUUGUGAACCCAAACUUUGAGAUUUGCUUGGAACACACCAAGAACCCAAUCGAAUGUUUCUCCAGGUAUGCUCUUCGUGCCUCCAAGGACGUAUAUUCCACGUACAACGAAUACCAAAAAAUAUGGGCACCCUUGUGUGAAAUGGAGUCUGCUUGCAACGCUGUCGCAGAAAAUGAAAGCAUUGUCUUGGAAGAUGUUGAGCUUACAUGGACAAAAAGAGACAAGGACAACAUUAAAAAAGAUCCUAAUCUGCAAGGAUUCUUCCAGCUUCCCCUUGAAAAGAAGAAACAGUGGUCUAUCGAAUGCGACUUCACAAAGUGUUUCUUGUGUAUCCGUAUGAGACGACCAUACAAUGAUUUCAAACCAGAGAAACAGCAUGGUGAUCACAGACUAAAAGAGGCUAAAUACCUAGACCUCACAAGUAUGACCAAUGUCAUCUGGAUUGCUCAUGGUGUAACGACUGAAGUGGAAGAGGAGGAGGAGGACAAGGAUGAGAAGAGCAUCAAGAUACACUUCCGCAUCAAUCACUUACCCAUGGCCAGUAAACCUCAGAGAAUCUUUUUGGAGAGUACAAGAUUCACUGUAGAGUUGAUUCCUAAACUCCUCCCAGAUGUGAGGAAAGAGGAAGCAAUUAAGCGACUAACAAAGGCAAAUCAACUAGUGAAGGACAUUGCAGUUGGGAAAAAACAUUCAGAUGGCAUUAAAUUCAUGGCGAGCAAAAGGGGGACAUUUGACAUGGAGAAUCAUCGUUCCUUUGGUUUCCCUCCUUUGAACACAAGCCAGAAUAAAGCCAUAAGAGAGACACUUCAGAACCGCUUCACCCUUAUACAAGGACCCCCAGGAACUGGUAAAACUGUUGUUGGAGUCCACAUUGUUUAUUGGUUCUUGAAGCAGAGUAAAAUGCAAAGGCAAAGUGAGGAGACACAAAAGAAGAGAUGUAUUCUGUAUUGUGGCCCGUCUAAUAAGUCUGUUGAUGUAGUUGCAGGUCAACUCCUGAAACUGAGUGCUGUGCUGCGGCCGUUGAGGGUUUACAGUGAGCAGAUGGAGGUGAUGGAGUACCCCUACCCAGGCAGCAGGCUGAAGCUCUCCCGCCAUUCGCUCAGGGAGGGGAAACCCAACGAAGAGCUCAGAUCCAUAACCUUGCAUCAUCGGAUGCGGAUGCCAGAUAAUCCACACUCAUCAGAGAUACGAGCCUUUGAUGCACGGAUUAAAAGAGGAGAAAACCUUAGUGAGGGUGAAAUUAAAAGCUACAAAAGUCUACUAAGGGCAGCCAGGAAGCAUGAACUGUUGAAGCAUGAUGUCAUUCUGUGCACGUGCACCGCUGCAUCCAACCCAAACUUUGAAAAGUUGCUCAAGAUGCAGCAGAUCAUCAUAGACGAGUGUGCCAUGGCAACGGAGCCGGAGGCUUUCAUCCCCUUAGUCACCCAUCAGCCUGAACAGAUUGUCCUUAUUGGCGACCACAAACAGUUGAAGCCUGUAGUCACUUCUGAUGUGGUGGAAAGACUAGGUAUGAGCAAGUCUCUCUUUGAACGGUAUAUGAGGAAAGCCAUUAUGCUUGACAUCCAGUACAGAAUGCAUGAAGCCAUCUGUGAGUUUCCUUCGCAGCAGUUCUAUGGUGGCAUCUUAAAAACUGGAAAACGCCCUAAAGCAAAGCCGAGUGUACUGCUGACAGCAUCACAGCAGCCAACCCCUAUCUUGUUUGGCCAUGUUGAAGGCAAGGAAGUCAGUCUGAUGGUGGCAACAGAGAGGGGGAAUGAAAAUUCAAAGGCUAACGUUGAAGAAGCUGAACAAACGGCCCGGCUUGCAACUCUACUGAUAAAGCAGUCAGGAAUAGAUGAAGAACAGAUUGCCAUUCUCACACCCUACAAUGCACAAGUGGCCAAGAUCAGAGAGACUCUCUCAAAGAGAGGCAUCUAUCAAGUCACGGUCAGCACCAUCAUGAAGAGUCAAGGAAGUGAAUGGAGGUAUAUUAUCCUGUCCACUGUGCGAUCCUGUCCCAAAAUCGAGAUUGACAGUAGACCAACUAAAUCCUGGCUAAUGAAAAAGCUUGGAUUUGUUAUGGAUCCCAAUCAGGUUAAUGUGGGAAUCACAAGGGCACAGGAAGGCCUUUGCAUCAUUGGAAAUCAGACUCUUCUGCAGUGUAGCUACCUCUGGAAGAAGCUACUGAAUCACUACCAUGAAAAGGGCUGUGUUGUCAAUCCUGCUCAAAGCAUCCACGUGCAGAAAAAAAAAAGCAACUAACAACUUGGAACUAAUAAAGUAUUCAAAACCAUUCUACUUAAAAAUGAUGCUCUCACUGCAUCUGUAAUCAAUGAAAUUCGUGGACAUGGACCACCUGAAUCAAAAACAAAUUAUUUACUGAGUAUUAAGUAAUAAUUGAUAAGUAUUUUUUAUGUAUAAAUACCUAUGUACAGAUUGUAAAUACUGAUACAUUUUGAGAUAUUUUUUUACAUUACAUGAUGUCUCUUGUGCUUUUAAUAUUAGGAAAUUGAGCAUGUAAUAGAUCAAUUGUUUUGAAAGAUUAAUGUUGUUUAACUGUAGCACAAUAUUUAGCAUUUUGUUUUGCCACUUUUGGAGGCCACCUCCUGGGGGCAACUUUGAGCAUUCCAAGGGCAUGCAAAAUAAAUAAGAAAAUGUUUGUAAAUCUAGGUAUGAUUGAUAUUACCUGAAUGAAAAACAUCUGUUUUUCCAGAUGAACUUUGUACCUAAAGUUUACUUGUUUCUACACACCCAUAAUACUGUGUAUUACGAUUGAUGACAUGACAUCUAAGUAAAUAUGAUCUUCUUUUAUUGUGAUUGUUGUUGAUUCUUAAUGUUGAGUUCACAUUUUUUUUCAAAGCGACUUACAGAAUGAGGAUACACAGGGAAACA